GAAUUGCAGAUAAGCCUUGCGUGUUGAUUCGCUGCCUUUAGGCUGAUUGAUUUAUUGCAGGAAACCACCCUUGCUACUAAUUAGCACUGAAUCCUACACCUUCCUGACAUAGGUCUAAUGACAACGCAAAAUUUAUCAGUCCAUACAAGCUAAAGCGGAGGAAGGGAUCUUCAACCAACUUGCACCAGCAUCUUAAUCCUGAUAACACACGUAGAAGAGGAUCUAAUUUUCACAAAAUAGCAAGAGAUGGAUAGAUAAAUUCAGAAUCCCAUAUAUAUGUAGCCAAAAUAGAUAGCCGCUGCUGUACAGAUUAUUAGAUCUUUACAUUUAUGUUACCAUUAAGUGAUUCAGAAGAGAUUGAUAUGACCUCGAGACCAGGCCAGGGAAGGCAAGAGCGAGCUUCAAAAGCCUGUGAAGAAUGCAGGAGACGGAAACUGCGCUGCGAUGGUCGAGAACCACAGUGUGGCGUUUGUCGUGAUGCUGGUGCAACGUGUGAAUUCAAUGCUGGUCGUGCCCUUCGGGGACCCAAAAAGGGUUACUUCAAGGAGUUGAAGGAUAGAAUUGUAACAUUGGAGCGUCAGCUUUCUUUACAGCAACAAACCAUCGAAGGAUACGGCCUACCUAAUUCUAUUUUAGAUCACCAAGAAGGACCAGCGUUUUCUGGAGUUGUCAGCCCAAAGUCAACGUCAGAAAGUGAACAGCAGCGAGCUGGAUCGACUCUCGAAGACUUUAGCGUAUCCACUUCCGUCCCAGAUCACCUAGAAGGACCUGCGUUUUCUGGGGUUGUCAGCCCAAAGUCAACGUCAGAAAGUGAACAGCAGCGAGCUGGAUCGACUCUCGAAGACUUUAGCGUAUCCACUUCCGUCCCAGAUCGCCUAGAAGGACCAGCGUUUUCUGGAGUUGUCAGCCCAUGUUCGUUGACCGUAGGAAGUGAGCAUUGUAUAGGGCAAAGAAAAUCCAUGUCAAAUUCAUUGAAUGGCAUAAGCUCAGUACUCAAACUAUCAGUAAAUACCAACAACACCAUCCCUGUAUGGAUGCACGACGAAUUAGACCAACUAUACUUUGAUCGAGUGCACAAAUUCAUACCUCUACUUCAUCAGCGCCAGUACUUGUCCUGGUCUAGAAAAAAGACUGAGAAGACAUCACGUCUUUGCUUGCAGAGUGCGAUGUGGACACUGGCUACUUCUGUCUCAGUCCAGUUUCAGCAUCUACAAAAACAACUCUUUCGAGACACGAAGUUAAUGCUAGAGUCUUUGAGUACCGCCAAUGAAGAUCACUCAACCACCGAUACCGAACAUGUACAGACAUUGGUCUUAGUCGCAAUCUAUGAGUCAAUGAGAGCUCCCAAGCAGCAGGCAUGGAUCACCGCUGGGCAAGCAUUUCGUCUGGUGCAGUUGAUGAAAUUCCAUGAGAUCGAUUGCCCGAGCGUAUAUGCCACUACUAGACCUACAAAGUCUUUCCUGGAGACCGAGGAACAACGCCGAGUCUUCUGGAUGUCUUACUUCCUUGACACUCUCCUCACGAUGCUGAAUUGUUUGCCUUUGACAAUGAAUGAACAUGUGGUCUUUAUACGUCUUCCAGCGCCUGAGGAGGAAUUUCAGUGCAGCCAGAACGUGCUAGGGAAAUUUCUUUCCGAAGCGAUAGUUGAGCAAAGCCCACAGACACAAUCAAGCUUUAUUCAAUGCGUGAUCUUUGCAAGUAUAUGUGGGCGGAGCUUGUUCUAUGGCCAGCAGUUCAACCUUUCCAUGUUUUACGGAGGCGCGCCCUUAGACUACUCAAUCCAGUUUCAGUGGCUGGACGACAUGGUGACAACUAGGCUCCAGAUUCUGUCACAGUACAAUCCGAGCCCAACCGAAACGCAUGACCCCAUGCUCUUGUUCACAAGAAUAAUUGGCCAGACAGCCGUUAUGGCUCUGUGCAAGGGGAUGGAAUUAAAGUUGGCUGCUGACUCCGAUGGAGGGGCAUCUGUGGUGGCAUACCAGUUGCGAGCACUGACUGCAGCAGCCCAGAUCGUCAAACUCGCAAAAGCGCUGACCGAGUUUCCUAUUUUCAAGAUCCAUCCACUGAUGCCGGUCAUACUCGGCUUUUGCACUGGGCAUAUCUACGAGCAUCGAUUAUACCACGAGUCCUUCAAUUCCCACCUCCAAGAACUUUUAGACGUUCUUCGCAAAUUGAAGAACGUCAGCAACCCAAGUCAGAGCUAUGUAGACUUGUUGGAGCUGUCGGAGAUCGUUGGGACACAGGCUCUAUCUUAGUGUGUAGAUUAGCUUUCGUCCUUUUUUGCAGAUUAGACCCAAUUAAAUUUCAGUACGGAAAGAGACCAGAGAAUAACACAAUUCUGAUUCACUACAACA